AUGGCCAAAACGUCGCUGGGAAAUGAUGGGGAGAUGGGCCGGAGGAUGUCUAACCCAGAUGCGGCACUGGAAAAGAUGGGUUACAAGAGUGAACUUCCUCGGUCUUUGAGCAUGAUGAGUAUUCUAGGACUCUCCUUUGCUAUUAUGGCCGUACCCUUCGGCUUAUCUACAACCUUGGCAAUCUCACUUACCGAUGGUCAAUCAGUAACUGUACUCUACGGAUGGAUUUUUGUUUCAAUCAUUUCUUUAAGUAUCGCAGCUUCUCUUGCCGAGAUCUGCGCUGUCUUCCCAACUGCAGGUGGAGUUUACUAUUGGUCUGCUAUGCUCAGUACGAAAGAAUGGGCUCCAAUCGUAAGUUGGGUAGACGGCUGGCUCGGUCUUGUUGGUAAUUGGACUGUCACGCUCAGUAUCAACUUUUCCGGGGCUCAGCUUAUUCUUUCUGCAAUCACGCUUUGGAAUGAAGAUUUUGUCGCGACUCAAUGGCAGGUAGUACUCAUGUUUUGGGCUGUAAUGGCAAUUGCAUUUCUUGUCAAUGUUUUCGGCGCUAAAUACCUGGAUCUAAUCAACAAGAUCUGUAUAUACUGGACUGGUGCUUCAGUUAUCAUCAUUAUCGUCACUGUUUUGGUGAUGUCGGAUGAUCGAAGAAACGCGGAAUUUGUCUUCACUCAUUUCGAUGCAAGCGCAAGCGGUUGGCCUUCAGGGUGGGCGUGGUUUGUCGGUCUUUUGCAGGCAGCGUAUACUUUAACUGGUUACGGAAUGGUCGCAUCCAUGUGCGAGGAAGUCCAGAUGCCAGAGAGAGAAGUCCCAAAAGCCAUGGUUCUUUCAGUCGCAGCAGCAGGUGUCACUGGAAUCAUCUAUCUGAUUCCCAUCCUUUUUGUUCUCCCAGAUGUCUCACUCUUACUUGAAGUAGGCAAUGGGCAGCCAAUUGGUCUAAUUUUCAAGACUGCAACUGGAUCGGCGGGUGGAGGAUUUGCGCUUCUCUUCCUCAUUUUAGGAAUUCUCUUCUUUGCUGGGGUUGGCGCUUUAACAGCUGCCAGCCGCUGCACCUACGCCUUUGCGCGUGACGGGGCCAUUCCAGGAUCACGGCUUUGGUCACAGGUUGACAAGCGCUUUGAUAUCCCUCUAUGGGCAUUGGUUCUCUCUGCCGUUGUAGAUUGCAUUCUCGGAGUUAUCUACUUCGGUUCUACGUCUGCAUUCAACGCUUUCACCGGAGUAGCCACUAUCUGUCUCUCAGUCUCUUACGGCAUCCCGAUUUUGGUCUCAGUUAUUCGCGGUCGAAAAGCUGUCCGCCACUCAACCUUCUCGCUCGGAAAAUUUGGUUUCUUCAUCAACAUCGCAACAAUUAUAUGGAUCUGCUUGGCUAUCAUUCUUUUCUGUAUGCCAACAGCAAUUCCUGUCACUCCAACAUCCAUGAAUUACGCUUCGGUUGUGUUCAUGGCCUUCGCGUUGAUUAGUCUGGUGUGGUACAUUAUACGGGGUCGUAAAACAUUCACAGGUCCACCAGUUCCUGCCGAUUUCGAAGCAGAACAAGAUGGCGAAAUUGUUGGUGGGAUGGGAAAAGUGACCACCAGCGAUAAUAGUGCUGAUGCACUCAGACCACAAGAAUUAUCUGCUGACAAGGCGGUUCCCGAAUUGGAUGGGAAGCCAAUGUAG